AUGUCGGAUGAUGAAGAUAAUAGAAUUAAUUAUGUUCGUUAUGAAACAAUUUCUCAUGUUCUCACUGUUGGGUUCGUAGAUAUAUUGAGAAUGCUUAUAACUGCAUUAUGCCUCCUUAUUAGAUCUAUUGAUGAAGGACCAGAGACUAAUCGCUCGUUUACGAAUCAAAUUGUAUUAUUGAAGAAUAAUCGCAGAAGGUUUAAAGAUAUUUCAAUUAGUGUAUCGGAACUAGAUAUUAAAUUAACAACGUUUCACGAAAUUUAUCUACAAGAUGAUUGUGAUUUGAGAGAUGAAAGAAAACUUAAGGUUUGGGAAAUGGCUUUCCAAUUUAUGGGGUCAUUUUUCACUAACACAUUAUCAAUGGAUGUCAAAGAUUUGGACUUUCCGAUAAGAAAAAAUUUACAAUGUUAA